UACUCACACUAACGCUGCGUUUGCACCCGCUGAAAGCUCCAUUCUAUCCUUGUUACUCAUCAUACGUUGAAAAAAGAUAGCAUGACGCUUUCAACGUGUGAGCGCCCACAUCGAACGCAGCCUGAGUAAUAAGCGUUUCUCCCCUCCUAUCUUGGACUUCUUCAUAUAUACGAUACACGUAGAAGGUGCGUGUGUUUAUAACGAUUUACGCCGCGUGCGACGAAGCAUCUCGUUGAUCUCGUUAGUCCGUUACCUCAUCAUAUUACGAUGGUUUCGACGUUUGUGCUGUUACUGACUACUCUAGGCGCCAUCGUCGCUCUCAAAAUUGCCUCUGUGCUGCAUCGAAUGUAUUUCCACUGGAGAAAUAAGGAUAUACCUUACCUGCCAAAUACAUUGUCGUCUUUUACAGCGUCUUGGAAAGUGCUUCUGGGCAAAAUUUCUUUCGCCGAUUACAGCCAAUAUAUAUACAAUUACUUCCCAAACGCUAAAUAUUUUGGGACACAUGAUUUUGGCACUCCUGCAAUAGUUAUACGCGAUCCGAAGCUGAUUAAAGACAUAAUGGUAAAGGACUUUGAAAAUUUCCCGGAUCACCGCACUUUCAUUGACGAAAGCGUAGAACCGAUGUUCGGCAAGAACAUGUUCUUCUUGCGCGGAAACCGUUGGAAAGAAAUGAGGAAUACGCUGAGCCCUUCUUUCACCGCCAGCAAAAUGAAGUUCAUGUUCGAUUUGAUAUCAACGUGCUCUCGCGAUUUCGCCGAUUAUCUCUACAACCAUCCGGAGCUCUGUUAUGCAAUCGAGACGAAGGAGGUCUUUAGACGAUACACCAAUGACGUAAUUGCUACGGCAGCCUUCGGCAUAAGUGUGAAUUCCAUGAAAGAUCGCGACAAUGAGUUCUAUACAAGAGGAAUACAGGCAACCACGUUAACAUUUGGGCUGUUAAUGACGAUUAAAAUUCUGGUUUUACGCGCGAGUCCAUGGCUUUCCAAACUAUUAGGUCUAACAUUUGUCCCGGCGGCAGCGGCCAAUUUUUUUAGAAAGGUGGUGGGGGAAACCAUCAGAGUGCGAAAAGAGCAAGAUAUCAUCAGGCCGGAUAUGAUUUAUUUGUUAAUGCAGGCUGAGGAUAAGGGCAGUGCCAGUGUAACCAAGAUGACACUAGAUGACAUUGUUUCGCAAGCCUUCAUCUUCUUUUCUGCUGGCUUCGACACUUCCGCGACCCUGAUGUGUUUCGUUGCUCACGAACUGGCGGUUAAUCGAGAGAUUCAGGAUCGUUUGCGGGAAGAGGUACGGCAGAAUCUUGCCGAGGGAAAUGGGCAGAUUUCUUACGAGGCGCUGUCGAAGAUGUCUUACAUGGAUAUGGUGGUUUCCGAGACUCUUCGAAAAUAUCCACCGGUAGUCUUUCUCGAUAGACUUUGUAAUAAGAAAUACGAACUUCCUCCAGCGCAACCAGGUAGCAAAGGUGUUAUUCUCGAGCCUGAUACUGUAUUGAUGUUUCCCGCGUAUGCUUUACAUCGCGAUCCGAAAUAUUUUCCGAAUCCGGAUAAGUUCGAUCCUGAGAGAUUCAGCGAGGAGAACAAAGACAAUAUUUUACCAUAUACCUAUAUACCAUUCGGUCACGGGCCUAGAAAAUGUAUCGGCAAUCGAUUUGCACUUAUGGAAACGAAAAUCCUAAUAGCUCAUCUUUUACAAAGAUUUACUCUGAAGACUGUAGAAAAAACUGUCGAACCAGUUGUAUAUUGUAAAACAGAAUUUUUCUUGAAACCUGUUGGCGGAUUUUGGAUUGGCAUGGAGAAAAGAGAAACAUAAAAAUCUUAUGCAAAGAACAUAAUUCUACGAUAUAAUUAUGUUUGUAAAUAUAUUAUCGCGUAUUCAACUUUAAAGUAUUUAACGAUUUUAAAAGACAAUUAUUUGCUUAGAUUCUCGAGUCUAUUCCAUGUGCUGAGCCUUUUGAAUGACUUAUGUAACUUUCACUUAUCGUCCAGUAGCACAGUACAGAUGAUACAGACGAUGGGUGUGUUCUUGGAUCGAUAUUAACAUUAAAAGAAUUAAAAAUAUUUAAUGCUGAUAACGCAUUCCGCGAACGCACCUGAACGUCGUUAAUUCUUUAUGUAAGAGUAAACCUUUUAUCGCGUAAAAGUCUACCGCAUAUUUUAAUGCGGUUUUUCGGAUAUUCUUUGUUUAAUGCAAAUUACUAAUUAGACUUGUUUAUUAGUAAUUCUAAAAUUAAGCAUUCGACAAUAUAUUUUUUUAACAAAAUAUAAUAUCAAUAACAAGUGCUAAAGUACAUUCAUUGUGUGCGUAUCAUAUGUGCACUUGUAUUUUUAAUAAUUGUAUCGAUAAUAAUUGUACAUUGGUAUUGCAUGUAACUUUUAUGUCACACGUAUCAUUACAGUUAAUAAAUAAAUUAUACUUGUAA